AUGGCGCACGCGCGGGCGCGGGUGAACGGCCGCGGGUGGUGGGAUGGGUGCGCGAAGCGAACGCGAACGCGCGGGUCCGGGACGGCGCGUCCGGCGCGCGCGACGAGCGACGCGACGGACGCGCGGAGUCGAGCCGAGGAUGCGUUGCGCGCGUCGGUGGAGACGCAGUUGGAUGGGACGGAUCAUCCGCGGGUGUUCACGGUGCCGGCGACGCCGGUGGCGGGGGGGGCGCUGCGGGUGUUCGCGGACGUCGAGCGCGCGGACGCGCUUCGAUCGGCGAGCGGGUGGAAACUCAUCGGUGGAUACAACGCGUGGCGGGUGGGCGAGUUCACGAAAGACAUGAUCAAGGUGAAGGGGACGUCGUGGGUGUACGCCGAUGUGAACGUGGACGAGCGCGCGUUCUCGAUGGAUUUCGUGUUCAAGGGAGACGGCGAGGCGUACGAGAAGGACGAAGGACAAGACUUCUCGUUGACUGUCGACUUCGGACCGACGCCCGAGGAGUUCGAGGAAAUGUUAAAGGUGAUUGAGAUGGAGAACAAGGCGCGCGAUGAGGCGAACGCGUUCAUCGACGGGCAGAUGGCGCGCGCUCGGGAGAGCGGCGCCGGCGCAUCCAUCGAAAAGUACGGACGCGUCAUCUGUAAGACGGCGAGCGGGAAGCCGGGCGUUGCCGGGAGCACGGAGCGAGUGAUGUGGAAUAAGGCGUAUAAUCCAAUCGGCGGCGACACCGACAAGCUCGUCUUGCACGUGGGUUUCAACGGCUGGUGCGCGGGCGUUGAGGCCAAGUUCGAUCUCGUUCGCGCGACGGGAGAGAUCAAAGACGAGAACAACGACUGGUGGGUCGCCGACGUCCCGCUGCGAGCGGACGCGUAUUUGCUCGACUUUGUCGUCUCCGACGUCGAAGAGUCGGCCUGGGAUAACAACGAACAGGCGAACUUCACGCUCGCAGUGGAGACGAGCGAUGAAGAGUGGGCCGUGCUUCGCGAGCUCAAAUUUGAGGAGAUUCGCGCCAUGGCGUUCAAGAAAGAGUUAGCGGAGAAAGAGCGAAAAGAACGUCGCGCCAAGGCGGACGCCGAGGCGAAGGCGAAGGCGAUCGAGGUUGGCUUGAAGCAACAGUCGUACAUCAUUCAUACCGAACCGAAAGUUCCGCAAGUUGGCAAACCGCUCAAGGUGUUCUACAACAAGAACAACACCAACCUGAGCUGGAGCGACGAAAUUUAUAUGACCGGUGGUUUCAAUCGGUGGUCGCACGAAGCAGCGAUCGAGCCAGUGAAGAUGACGCCGCCGGGUGCCGGUGAAGAGUUUUUCACCGUCACUGUGCCGCGCGUGCCCACGGAUGCGUGGAUGGUUGAUUUCGUCUUCAGCAGCGGCGUCGGCGAAGGUGCGCAGUACGACAACAAGUCUGGGCGCGACUAUCAUCUCCCCACUCGAGGGAGCACCGCGAGCAAGCCGCCUCUUCACGUCUGUCACAUCGCCGUCGAGAUGGCGCCGAUUGCAAAGGUUGGAGGAUUGGCAGACGUCGUCACCGCCAUCGGUCGCGCUAUUCAAGAUAACGGACACCUCGUGGAGAUCAUUCUACCAAAGUAUCAAUUUUUCAACAACUCAGUCUUGCUCGGUGGGAAAGAGUACGAGACGCACUUCGAUUGGGCGGGGACGACGAUUCGCGUUGAAAAGUGCAAAGUCGAGGGACUGCAGUGCUUCUUCAUUGAGCCUCAAAACAACAUGUUCCAGACCGAUUCGGUUUACGGACGGAACGAUGACGCACACCGAUUCAAUUUCUUCUGCAACGCUGCGCUCGAAUUUCUCGUUCGAACCGCGCGUCAACCAGACAUUCUUCAUUGCCACGACUGGAGCUCUGCCGAAGUCGCUCGGGCGUAUUGGGAGCACUAUCAUCACAACGGUUUGACGAAACCGAAGGUCGCGUUCACCAUUCAUAACAUGAACUACGGUCAGGCCAAGCUCGGUGAAGCCGUUCAUCAUUCGCAGGUGGCGACGACUGUGUCGCCCUCGUACGCGGGCGAAGUGCGAGGGAGUCCCGUCAUCGGCAACAACGGUCACAAGUUCACAGGCGUUCGUAACGGUAUUGAUCCAGAGAUUUGGGAUCCCGAGACGGACAUAUUUGUCCCCGUGAAGUAUAACGCCGACAAUCAAGAGGAGGGCAAGGCGGCCGCCAGAGCAGAGCUCCGUCAACGCGCGGGCAUGACUGGAUGGGACGAUAAACCGAUUGUCGGCGUUGUCUCUCGUCUCACCGCGCAGAAGGGCGUCCACCUGAUCAAACACGCCGCGCACCACACCUUGAGCCGAGGUGGCCAGUUUGUGUUGCUCGGGAGCGCCCCGGACCCGAAGAUUCAGGGUGAAUUCAACGGUCUAGCGAACCAGCUCGGUGGCGAAGACACCGGUUUCUUCUUCGCAUUUGAUGAGCCGCUGUCGCACCUGAUGUACGCCGGAUGCGACGUCAUACUGGUGCCGUCCAUGUUCGAACCGUGCGGUUUGACGCAGAUGAUCUCCAUGCGCUACGGCGCCGUGCCGGUCGUUCGCGCCACGGGCGGUUUGCGUGACACGGUGUUCGAUGUCGAUAACGAAAAGGAACGCGCCGCGUGGGAGGUUGGUGGCUCCACCGACUGGAAGACCGACGGUGACAUGACCAACGGCUUCAGCUUCGAGGGAACUGACGAGGGAUCCCUCAACUACGCCCUCGACAGAUGCCUCGACGCCUUUUACAACGACCGCGAGUGGUUCCGGUCUCUUCAAAAACGCGUCAUGCUUCAGGAUUGGUCGUGGAACCGACCAGCGAACGACUACGAGGAGCUGUACUACAAGAUGAUCGGUCGGUAA